AUGACGGAAAAGACUGUGAAUCCAGAGUUGCUUGAAGUUACGGAUGAAAUACGCAAAGCAAUUAUUGAGCAAUAUUACAAACAUCCAGUUUUGUGGCACAAGGACAAACUGGAUCGAUCUGCUGCUGCAGCCGCUUGGGAGUUUAUAUCUAGUGCCGUUUCGACAAGAACCAAAAGCUUCAGCAGUAUGUUUAGUGUCAUGAAAUUGUUGAGUUUUCACUUUUUUCAGUUGAAGUCGUAAAGAAGGCAAUGAAGAAUCUGAAGGAUCAAUUUGUUCGUUGUCAUAAGAAAGCUCAACAAGAAGGUGCGGAUACUGUACAUUGGAAGUUUUAUGAGCCGCUUUUGUUUCUGGGUGAUCAUAUUCAAACGUAGGUUUAUAUAGGAUUAAAAUAAUGUUAUUUUUUUAUCUGUUUUAUGAGAAAAUUGAAUUGAAAGGCUAAAAUUAUAAAAAUUUUGAAAAGUAGGUUACAGUAAAAUUAAUGUAACUUUUACAUUUUAAUGAAUUUUAAAAUUUCGUUUUUUGGGUUCGAUUACAAUUGGAAUGAGCUAUUUUUUUUACGAAUUGGCACGUUUUUCUCUUGUUUAGAAAAAGUUAUGAUUUAAAAUGGCAGCUAUUUUACAAGAAAUUUGAUUUCUUUGGUUAAAAACGUCGCUUUUUAGGUUUUUUGCAAUUGUUUUUUAAUAUUCGCUUGACAAAAAGCAUAAUAUUAUUUUCUAAAGUACGGUAAUUUAAAAAGGUAGUCAAUUACGUAACUAAAAGAUUAAAUUUCAGCCAAAAACAACCGUUGAAAUCGACAGAAAAUAGCAGGCCAGACCCACCACCACCCAAAUCUAAGCCUGUUCAACCCGAACCCGUAGCUUCAACUCAGGGAGGUUACUUGUCAAACCAAGGUGGAUAUCUAUCAAACUUUGUGUCUUCAAUUUCGUCAGCUUUUACUAGCGGCAAUAUUAAAGAAGAGCUGGAAUUGUCGAUGGAUGAAAGUGUCACUAAUACAAGUGUCACAAAUCAAUUAUUCGAAGCCACACAACAGGCAAUCGAAAUGAAGGAGUCUCCAAAGGAAAAGGAAAAUUUCAACAAGGAUUUUGGGAGUCAAAAUGAAACUUACAAUACUUUUCAAAUUGAGAAUUCUUAUCAUGAUUUGACGCCAAGUAGGAACAAAGCCUCAUAUCACGAUUCACUUGGACAUUUGUACCGAGAAGUUCCGGGGGUUUCGUGCCAAAUGACUCCAAUUCGGGAUGAUGUGAAGCCAGAGGAGUUUAGUCAAAAUAACACACCAAUGAAUAUUGGUUCUGCUCCAGGUAAGCUAUGUUUAAUGUGUAUAAGAUAAAGAUAAGCUAAUUUUUUUUUCGAAUUUUUUUUUAAUUUUAAAGGUUUUUUACAAAAAAAAUGAAAAAUAUCGUUAAAUGUUCUCUAUUCCAGGCCUCUCAAUCUCCGCAACACACACCGGCCCAGUUUUAAGUUAUGGUUACCACACUCCAGGAUUGGUCAAUGGCUUACCGACUCCAGCAUUCUUACCACCAUUGUCCGAAUGUGUGUCUCAAGCAAUUUGCCCAACAACGUAUGAUGAUAAAGAGUAUCAGCCGAACACUCCAAUCACAUAUCCAAUCACCAGUUCACCUUCAUUGGCUUCAAAGCGACCUUCGGAAGCUGCUGAUGAGUUUAGCACUCCAAAACAACAACGGAUUGAAGGGCUGGAUAAGGAACACGGAACAAGUCUGGCCAAUAACCAGAAUUCAGCAGACAAUCAUAAUAUGAAGCAGAAUUCGAAUCAGAAUAUGGCAAACAAGCAGAGUUUUGGCAUCGGGAACAUUUUGACAAAUGGCAAUAGUUUGGGUGAGAAGAAUAUGCCGACUAGCCAUAAUUCGGGAGGAAGCAAUAGUUUAGGCCAAGAAGUACGAACGAAUAAUGAUACCAAUGGUUUAUCAAAGCCGUCAGAAGUUCCAAAAACAGAAACACCAGAAAAACCGACUAGAAAACCUACAGUAGCCAGGAAAAAAACUACCCCGAGAGUCAAAAUUACACCAAAAAUCAGUUUUGCGGACAAGGUAUUAAAAGAAAGCCCGGAACAGGAAAUUGAUCGAAGCUUCAAGUCAGAAAGUAAGUUUAUUUGUAUCAAGAAGAAUGUUGGGAAGGUUAGAAAUGAAUGUUAAAAGUAAUAAAUGGGUUGGCGUUUGUGUUAAAUUUGAAAAAAGGGCGGAGUUUCGCGAAGGACUACACAUUUUGGUUCGACGAACUUAUUCUUGUCAUAACUUUUUUGAAACUAAAGUGAAGUAGUACCUGGUCCCUUUUUUGUGCCCGUCUCUAUGGCCCUGAUUAUGUCACCCUGAGGCUCAUUGGGGCCGUGGAACGCGGGGUAUGCGGAUCUUAUGACCCCUUAGGGUCGAGAUUGAUGAAGGCAUGACUCGGAUAGACUACCUUUUACGGCCCCUUGGGGUCGAGACUGACGAAGACAAGACUUGAACUUAUAGCUUUUUGUGGCCUCUUGGGGUUGACCCUACCCUUGGACCCGCCUUGGUCCGGUCCCUCCUUUGGGCAUGACUCCCAACCCCUCUCAAAAUUUUUCAUUAAAACUGGCCCAAAAUAACCAUUAAACAAUGACGAAGGUCGUAUAUUCUUACCAAAAGCUGUUGCUGAAUUUUUUUAGUCUACUACUCUAAUAGUGAAGUAGGUUUGGUUCACAAAUUUUUUAUUCUUUCAGGUCCCCGUGAUCCCCAAUCCGGUCUAGGCUUGAUGGUAACCGAAUUGACGCGAAAAUUGGAACAGAAUAACAAGAAAAAGGAGUAUUUGGAGUUCAAACGAGGUGUCAUCAACUUGAUUGACCAAUACGAAACCAUCAUCUACGAGUAA